GGGUGUGUACAGGUACGUCGCAAUGUACGUUGUCUUGGCGGGCAACAGUCUCUUCAUGCUUGCUUUCCUCGUCACUUUCUACUUUCUUCUUUGGAGGAACCCAGCAAGUCUGAUCCUCUCUGUCUUCCUCUCCGAAACAGCAGAAAUGCCGGGUAGAAAAGAAAGUACCGGCAGUCGUCCGGCAUUAGUUUGUACUGCGAGUAGGGGAGCUGAGAAAGAUAGCCCAUACUCAAGAGCGCAGAAUGGAAAGCUGAGUUCCUCAUCUGACCACCUUAUCCCAAUCGCUCCGAGAAUGACCGCUAUGCACGAUACUCGCUUUACCUACCGACCAGUGAUGCGCCAGCAGGGUCAGCAGGCUAUGUACCAGUACCAUCAUGGCAUGGCUGGCCACGGCAUACCCAUGCACGCGCCAAAUCCGUACCAGACGUACUACAACCCGCGCUCGCUGAUGCUCUCUUCAUCCUCCACUGGAGCGCCACCGGACAACAUGGUUCCGCCGGGCAUGAGCUACUCCCCGUCAGCGGCGUCCGCCACGACGGCCGAGCAUCCGCACGUUCCGGUCGGCAUGGCAGCUGCCGGUGCGUACUCCUACGCCAUGUCGCCGUGGCAAGCACCAGCCGUCACUGGCAGCCGAAAGCGCAAGGCAACUCGAGGAUCGCUCACAACCAUCGAGAAGGAGCUAUCGCCUGACCAUGAGCAGUCGGACGAAUCCGUAGAUGUUAGAGACAAGAAAAGAGAGCGGCCACGUAGCAUCGUGACUUCCAAGUCAUUGGCCGACCACACCGUCGCGGAGAAUGGCGAUAUCGAUGCCAAGUCGCUCGCUGUGUCAACAUCUGCGGCCACCACCAACGGAAGCAGCAGCACCCCUAACAGCAAUAGCGGCAGCAGCAGCAACGAUAAACUCUCUCCAUCGGCAGUUGCCGUCACGUCGUCACCGGCAAAGAUCAGCAGCAACGACGACGACGCCCAUCGUUUCCAGACUGCAUCGCCCAUUGCCAGCGAUGACGAAGACCGAGUGUUUCGAUCGAAGAGCGUCAUGCAGCCGCUUGCCCAGUCCCUACGGGCACCGAGUCAGGUUGGCACGCCGGUCACGAACGAGAGCACUCCGAACGGCAGUGUGCGGCGGACACCGGACACGGCCGCCGGUCCUGCUUCAGACGAAUCGUGUACAGUAACGACGCCCGGCGUGGACAAUGCGUGUCGCUUUCCGCCGGGUGCCUGCAAGAAGGUGUACUCGCCGAGCGGCAGUCAGACGGACGUCACCGAGAACUCCAUCGAGCCGCUGUCCUCAAUGCACGCGCCGGCCGGCCUGGAGCUGACGGAUCAAGUGCAGCACUACAAGAAGGCGCUGUCCGCGCUGCACGAGCGCCUGCACAAGGAGCACGAGCUGUGCCAGCAGGUCUCCUCGCAGCGUAUCCGCGCCGAGAUGAUGUGGGAGGCGGUGGCGCAGGAGCUGCGGCAGCUUCGAGUGCACCUGGCACGGCUUGCCACCCAGCCGCUGCCCACGGCCAUGGCGAGUUCAAUGCAGCUUCCCUGAGCCGUGCGAGCGAGCGCGCAAUUGCUACCCGUGACGUACAGCGUGUCGUGCGAGCCCAGCCACACCCUUACCUUGCCCAUAGGACUGGGAGCCGUGGAGUGUGCUGCUGCUGUUGUAGAUGUCAUGAAUGUGUGUUGUGCGUACGCGCGCGUGUGUGUAUAUGCACACGUGUGUCGGUGUAGGGUGUGGAUGUGCACGUUGCCACUCUUAGUUGGAAGUUGCCCGAUAUCAGUGCUGGCGACGACGUUAUCAUAUGUGUGUGUGUGUGUGUGUGUGUGUGUGUAUGUGUGUGUGUGUGUGUGUGUGCACCGCUGCCAUCAUACUCUGGCAGCUGACCGCUCUAACGGGUUCCCUGCUCGUUCGGCUCGAUGUAUGUAGCGCCGUAAGCGCACAGUACACGUUUCCACGAGCUGACUUGGCUCACCCACUUAGCAGCCGGCCGCUUGAAGCAAGCCAAUUGUGACCUAGCUCACUGUGACACAUAGCCAAUAACCUAGCUGCCGGCUACAUACGGCCUCACACGGCGCCCCGCUCGAAUGGAAUUCUGCAUUGCCGCCGUGCCCCGCACGUCGCCGAUAGAUCCUCGUCUCCUUUCCCUGUGUAGACUUGGGGGCGAGGGCUCGCUCGCGUGCGCGCGAGUGUUGCGCGUGAGUGUUGCAUGCGAGUGCGCGCGAGCGUACGGAGGUCUGCACAUGUGCUUUGGCUCCUCGUGAAGUGGACAGAGGUCCCUCAGCGGCGCUUCACAUUUUGUUUUUGAAUCAUUCGCACGUACUCCUUGUUUUCGUAUCAUUUUUAUGCUCCCAUGGCGUCAUCGUCCGCUUUGCCUCAUCGUUCUUACUUCGUAAUCUGAGCCAGAACCCGCGUUUGUUUCAUUCUCGCCCGGUUCUGUUUAGUGUUUACUACCCCCACUUCUCCUUUCAGCCUACUAUUCAGCAGGACUACAGUUCAGUUAGUGUGCCUCUGAAGUUGUUACUGUUAGGCUCGCUAUCCUGAUUUUAGAGUGUUCAUGUUGCCCUUUUUCAUACUUUUCAUCAACGGCAUUUCCCCACAAUAAAGUGCCUCCGGCCGGAGUUCUAA